AUGAGCGAUAAGAACGAGGAGACGGUGUUUAAGAACGGAAAUGAUAGUCAUUCCGACGAAGAGCACCCGCCACAGAAGCCGAAGCGGCGUCAGUCGGUCCUCUCCAAGGCCAUUAGUGAACACAAGGAGGACGACGUCGACGAGGCGCCGCUGCUGCCGCCGUCGAAGGGCCUGACGACUGCUGAAGCCGAAGAACUCCUCGCCAAGUACGGCCGCAACGAGCUGCCUGAGAAGAAGACACCCGGUUGGCUGAUAUUUGUGCGCAACUUGUGGGGCCCCAUGCCCUUUGCGCUGUGGGUCGCCAUCAUUAUUGAGUUUGCGCUGGAGAACUGGCCCGAUGGUGCCAUUCUUCUUGCCAUUCAGCUGGCCAACGCCACGAUUGGGUGGUACGAGACAAUCAAGGCGGGUGACGCCGUGGCCGCGCUGAAGAACUCACUGAAGCCAGUGGCGACCGCCUUCCGUGACGGGAAAUGGCAGCAGCUGGAUGCGAGACUACUGGUGCCCGGUGACCUUGUGAAGCUUGCAUCCGGCUCCGCGGUCCCUGCCGACUGCAGCAUCAACGAGGGCGUGAUCGACGUGGACGAGGCGGCGCUGACGGGGGAGUCGCUUCCCGUGACGAUGGGACCGGACCACAUGCCCAAGAUGGGCUCGAACGUUGUGCGUGGUGAGGUGGACGCAACGGUGCAGUACACCGGACAGAACACCUUCUUUGGCAAGACGGCGGUGCUGCUGCAGUCCGUGGAAUCCGACCUUGGCAACAUCCAUGUGAUACUUGCACGGGUGAUGGUGGUGCUGACGAGCUUUUCGUUUGUGCUGUGCCUGAUCUGUUUCAUUUACUUGCUUGUGAAGUUUUAUGAAACGUUUCGUCGUUCACUCCAGUUUGCCGUGGUGGUGCUCGUGGUGUCCAUUCCGAUUGCUCUUGAGAUUGUCGUGACGACGACGCUUGCGGUGGGCUCGAAGAAGCUGUCGAAGCACAAGAUCAUCGUGACGAAGCUGACGGCGAUUGAGAUGAUGUCGGGUGUGAACAUGCUGUGCUCGGACAAGACGGGGACGCUGACGCUGAACAAGAUGGAGAUCCAGGACCAGUGCUUCACCUUUGAGGAGGGCUACGACCUGCGCUCUGUGCUCGUGCUGGCCGCGCUCGCUGCGAAGUGGCGUGAGCCGCCCCGUGACGCCCUGGACACGAUGGUGCUGGGGGCCGCGGACUUGGACGAGUGCGACAACUACACGCAGACCGAGUUUGUGCCGUUCGAUCCGACGACGAAGCGCACGGCUGCCACCCUGAUUGACAAGCGGACCAACGAGGAGUUCAGCGUGACGAAGGGCGCACCGCACGUGAUCAUCCAGCUGGUGUACAACCAGGACGAGAUCAACGACCAGGUGGUGGAUAUCAUCGACAACCUUGCCGCGCGUGGCAUCCGCUGCCUUUCGGUGGCCAAGACGGACGCGCAGGGCCGCUGGCACCUGUGUGGCAUCCUCACCUUCCUCGACCCCCCACGCCCUGACACGAAGGAGACGAUUCGCCGAAGCAAGCAGUACGGCGUGGAUGUGAAGAUGAUCACUGGCGACCACGUGCUGAUUGCGAAGGAGAUGUGCCGUAUGCUUCGCCUCGACCCGAACAUCCUGACGGCGGACAAGCUGCCGAAGGUGGACGUGAACGACCUGCCGGAUGACCUCGGUGAAAAGUACGGAGAGAUGAUGCUUGGUGUUGGUGGAUUUGCGCAGGUGUUCCCGGAGCACAAGUUCAUGAUCGUUGAGGCGCUUCGUCAGUACGGGUUUACCUGCGCGAUGACGGGCGACGGUGUGAAUGACGCCCCGGCGCUGAAGCGUGCGGAUGUGGGUGUUGCCGUGCAGGGGGCGACGGACGCCGCGCGCGCCGCGGCGGACAUGGUGCUGACGGGUCCUGGACUGAGCGUUGUGGUCGAGGCGAUGCUUGUGUCGCGGCAGGUGUUCCAGCGCAUGCUUUCCUUCCUGACGUACCGUAUCUCUGCUACGUUGCAGCUUGUGUGCUUCUUCUUCAUUGCCUGUUUCUCUCUGACCCCCCGCGACUACGGCAGUGUUGAUGCGGAGUUUCAGUUCUUCCACCUUCCUGUGCUGAUGUUUAUGCUGAUCACGCUUUUGAAUGACGGCUGCCUGAUGACGAUCGGCUACGAUCGCGUGGUGCCCUCCAAGUUGCCGCAGCGGUGGAACCUCCCCGUUGUGUUCACGAGCGCGAUUAUUCUGGCUGCGGUUGCUUGUGGUUCUUCACUCAUGCUGCUGUGGAUUGCGCUUGAGGCUUGGAGUGACGAGACUUACCAACACUCCUGGUUCAAGAGUCUUGGGCUCGCCCAGCUGGAGCAGGGGAAGGUUGUGACGCUGCUGUACCUCAAGAUUUCCAUCUCUGACUUCUUGACCCUCUUUUCUUCACGUACCGGCGGGAAGUGGUUCUUUUCCAUGGCACCUGGACUUGUUCUGCUCAUUGGUGCGAUAAUAUCGCUGUUUGUGUCGUCAAUGGUGGCCUCCUUUUGGCACAAGUCGAGUCCGGAUGGUUUGCUGACGGAGGGCCUUGCGUGGGGGAAAACCAACAGCGAGAAGCUGCUGCCGCUGUGGGUGUGGAUCUACUGCAUUGUGUGGUGGUUUAUUCAAGACAUCGUCAAGGUGCUGACGCACAUGUUGAUGGAGUGGACGGAUCUGUUCGGCUGCGUGUCGAAGGCUUACGGCGGGAAUGUUAUUGAGCAGUAUAUGGAAAAGAGAGGUAACGAGCCUGAUGAGGACAAUGAAGAUUGCCAGGAGACAUCUCCUGUUGAGGUGAGUACCCCAUUAUCUGGAAGGAAGCAUGAAAAGGAAAGUGGUGGUAAAUCUUAA